AUGGCAUUGUGUGAUGUUACAUUUUCAUCGAGAUACGAACUUCGGAAAGAUCUCCUUAAUAAUUACGAAAAAGGCUUACUUCCUAAUGACACCGCUACAGUUGUGACAGUUAACUUCAAUGCAUUUCGCUUAAUAGAAUUUGACGAUAAAAAUGGAAAGUUUACUAUAAGCGGGUAUCUUGAGGUGCAUUGGAUAGAUUUACGGAUCGCCGAAAACUGGAACCUCUCUUCACAUCAGUCACCAGAUAUUCUAUCGAUGUACUUCAAAGAAUCGGAAGUCUGGACACCAAAUGUUCUCCAGAUUAAUCCGUACAGCAGAUCUGAUUCCGAAAAACUGAAAGAUGAAUCCAUCAUGUUUUUCCCGACAGGAUCAGCAUUAAUGUUGAAGGGGGACAUCUUCUCCUCAGAAUGCAAAGCAGAUUUCACCUAUUUUCCACAUGACACACAAAAUUGCUCGAUUUACCUUGUUGUAUGGGGAUACUAUAUGGAGGAAGUUAUCCUAAAUCCUUACCACAACAAGGUUAAUAUGGAUAAUUAUGAGAAAAACAACCUUUGGGAUAUGGGAGACACAAGAAUAAGUAUAAAUAUCCUUAACGAAAAGAAGGAUUCAUCGAAAAUCCGAGUACUUAAAAUUGAGUUUGAAAUCAACCGCCGUUCAACAUAUUAUGUACUAUUUUUAAUUAUGCCAAUUGUCCUAAUGGAAAUUCUCCAGGUUUUUGUUUUCAUGUUACCAUGGGAUUGUGGUGAAAGAGCGAGUUAUUCUAUCACUGUUCUUCUAUCAAUAGCUGUAUAUUUGACAAUCAUCACCGAACAAAUUCCAAAAUCGUCCGAACCCAACAUCUCUGUCGUAGCCAAGAAACUUUUCACAGAUCUUUGCAUUGGGUGUGUUGUUCAAAUAUUUGUUAUCAUCAGUCUGCAUAUAUACAAUUUUAGUCAACUGAAACAUCAAGCAAUUACACAAACAUGUUGUCGGGAUAUAUUGAUCUGGGCACAGAAGAAAGAUUGGAUAGCUAUUGGACAUCGCUUGGAUAUAAUAUUUGUUGUCAUAACGUUUGCUGCAAUAUUUGCUACCAAUGCUUACCUGUUGUCAAACAUAGUAAUAAUGAAAAACCUUUCCUUGUAG